AUGCCUGGCCUCGGUGACCUCCCAGUCGACGUGUUUCUUUGCAUCCUCGACAACCUCAAGGAUGACCGUCCUUCACUCAACAACCUAGCCCUGACGUGUCGCGAUCUCCACAACCUUGCCAACCCAACUCUCUAUCGAAAAUAUGCCGAAGAAGCCUACUCCUGGGCGGCUAAAAAAUACAACGAAGCGACGCUUCGCCGGGCCCUGAGCUACUCUGCAGCCAUCCCAGGCAACAGCCAGCCCCUAUUCGAAGCAAUCCAGUACCAUAGACCACAGUUCGUGAAGAUGUUACUUCAUGCACGAGGAGAAGGCGCAAAUCUUGACAUCGAAGCUCGAAACCACCAAGGCUUCACUCCACUCGAAGCGGCAGUGCACAUCCAUGGACACAUGCCGGCGUCGAUUCCCCCUACCAUCAUCAAGCUCCUCCUGGACGCCGGUGCCAACACGCAGCCCCGCGAGAGAGGAAACACAGCUGACUGUGACUACGACGGCUCCCUUCUCAGAUACGCCGUCAAGUAUGGGUCCGCAGCCGCAGUCCAACACCUCAUUGCAAGCGGCCGCGUGGACGUAAAGGAAUUGUCGCCUAACGGCUGGCCACUUCUCAUUGAUGCCCUAACCGAUAUCAUGCAGGGCCACGAAGCGACAGCAAUCGUCGAGCACCUUAUCAAAGGCGGCGCCGACGUAAACAUGCUUCCCCCCGCCGAUCCGUUUUUCACGCCCCUCUUGUACAUGAUCACUGAUUACCAAAAACACGCCCCGCGCGACUUUAGGGACAAGGACCGCGCCACCAUGCUCGCACUCCUCCUGCGCCAUGGCGCCGAGAUCAAUUUCCCUGUCCCCAACCCGCCCAUCCGCGUGGCCAUCAAGCACGCUUCUCCAACCUGUGUCCUCGUUGACCUCCUGCUGACGUACCCCGCGCUCGACGUCAAUUACACAGCCAUGGCUGCGCUCCCGAACGCACGAGAGGAAGAUCGUUCCGCUACGGCCCUCACCGACGCCAUUGAGAGUGCGGAAUACUCUAUAGCGGUGAGGCUGGUCCAACGCCGGCCUGACCUCGAUGUGAACAAGGGCUUCCCCCUCGUCUCUGCGGUUGUGUGGGGUCGCCGGAUGCCGCUUGCCAGGGCCUUGAUGGAGACUGGGCGACUGAGUAAUGCUUCAUACCGCCAGGCCAUGGAAGCAGCUAUCCGGGAGAAAUGCUUUGACGGUAACUUGAUGCUGCGUCUCAUGAUCAAAAGCUGGGUUGGUGUGGCGGAACUCAGAGGUUUAAGAGAUGUCGACUAUGUUAAGCAGCAAUUGAUGGAUCUGAAGGAGGUGGCUAGGCAGGCCCGGAGCUGGAUCGCACUGGGCAUUCUCAAGUGGUCGAUUCGGAAGAUGUCUAGGGAUUAG